UAUACUUCUUGCGUUCAAACACUUUUAAACCUAAGUAACCAUAGUAUAUAUUUUUAUUUAUUUUGGAUAUGGCAAAGACCCUUCGUUUGAUUUACUUUUUCCUUUGUAUUCUCCUUUUCUGCGAAUUCAUCGACGAGGCGCAGGGAAGUCGUUUGAGGUGUCAUCAUCCACCAGAUUAUUCAUGCAAGAAACGUUAUAGCCAUCAUCAUCCCCACCAUCAUCAUAAUCAUCAUAAUCAUCAUCAUUAUCACAAUGAUAACUCGAAUGAAUCAGAGGGUCUACCACGAACCAUCAAGACGAGGAAGAGGAAUGAUCUAUACGGCGUUGAUGCUUUCCGGCCCACCGCGCCAGGGAACAGUCCCGGUGUUGGCCACUCGAUCAAGACUUGAGAAGUUUGAAGCUUUUAAUAUAGAUUUUUUGUUGAACUUUAAUCUAGAUUUAUUGUAAUCUAUAUAUCUCCUGCUCUUUGUCAUUUUGUAAAUAAAUAGAUUGUGGCAUUUAGUCUCAAUUCUCUGCCAUUUCUAAAUUUUAUAUUUUCGAUCAGUAUUGUAUAUAUCUCGCGUAUUGUUCUAUUUUUUUUUUUUUUUGAGAAAGCGUAUUGUUCUAUUAGUUACAAGGGUUAUUUCAUA